CGACCUCACCCAGAAUUUCACAUGAACUCCAGGUGCUUGAUGACUACUAGCACAGACAGAACUACGGAGGUUUUUUGACAAACAUUAUUGCGAUCGCCAGGGUCUGCUCGUCUCGGCGGACUGAGAAGAAAACAUCACGUCGUGUUGAUGAUUCUAUCCAGCAGCCGGAGACACUAGUAUGUGUUGUUGCGAAAGAGUCGACAAAGAAAGGCAAACAUAUAUAGAAUUUCAUACCCAAAUGGCAACAUUGAAACUGCAGCCCUUCUUGUCUGACUUGUGAGCCACCAGCGGCCGUCUACCGCACCUCAGUUGGCAUCCAGACCAGAAUGAUGAACAACAAGGGGAAGUGCAAAAAUAGGAAGAGGGCCCAGAGACAAAGCAUAAUAUCAUGUGCGACAACUUGGUCUUCUGUUUCUCUUAAACACGACAAGUGCCGCAGGUGUCUAGUAUUGUAUAUUGAACUGCUGAGAAUUGUACAUAGAACUGCUAGUGCCGGACCUGCAAUACGUCACUAGAAGGACAAUUUUGACAUCUUAUUUUUGACGCGACGCUUGAACUUGUUAUGCUGGGGGCGAAAAUGUCAGAGUGACAUGAAAGCAAAAAUUCGAUUAGUGUGGUAAGAACUUCGAAGCUAACAAGUUGUCAAACGGGAUACAGUACUCUCCUCCAGGAAGCGCAGUUCGACAAGUUCAUUCUGCCACUGGUCCAAAACCAAGCAGCCUCAUCCGGCGGACAUCCUGCCACGCCUCUGUUCAGCAACUGGACGGAGUUUUUGCACCUUCUCAACACGUCGGAAGCGGACCGCCGCAAGAAAGAGCAGGAGACCCUCCCGCAGACGGAAGGACAAGCGGCGCGUGCACGUGCAGAACAAUCGCGGACCACGACGUUGCUGCCUCAGGAAUCUGAACCUGACAAAAAUAUCAAACCCGACAAGAAUCGCGAACCUGAUUCUGAAUCUGAAGACGCAAUAAACGCCGAACCCGAGUCCGACGGCGUCGAUGGAGAUCCCUUCUUGAAGGAGAACCUCUUCAAGGAGAACAAACAUGGGCUGUGGACCGCAAUGCCGGAAUGGGCUGCGAACGACCCGCACGUGCAGCGCAUCCUGGAAGCGGUGAGGGGCCCCGAGGAGCACCUGUCGUUCCCGUGCAAACGCGCCUUCGUAGCGGGGGUCAACGUCACGGGAGACGAUUUGGAAGCGGUGCAUGCAUACCAACUGCAAGUAUAAUGUCUGGGUCUGUCGUGUCGGAGAAUGAAUGCAGCUCGCGGACCCUCGGGUUGGCAAUGCUGUACUGGUUUUUGCAAUAAAUGUAUGGGACUAUUAAAAAAUUUUCUCUCUAUUAUAUCGAGCGGUGGAUUCAGUUCAUUUUUUGAACGGUAUGCUGAUCCGAUGUGGAAGCAGGGUUUUCUGCUGUGCUGUAACUACACCACCUCUUUGAGGGCGCUUAUCCACAAUAAUGCUGUGCUGUUACACCUUGGCUUUUUAUAGUUUGAGUUGCGUACCAACACCGUGUGAAGUUGGUACUCUUCUCGACCCAGACAUCUUUCCAAUUGAUAAUCAAAGACGGAAACAGAUAAUUGUAGUUAUCCACUGUGAAAACAGCUCCAUCCCUCAAUCUUCACGUGAGGUGUCAGAACAUAACAUGGCUUUAUUGGGACAAAGAGCCAUGAUAUGUUUUCGUUUAUUAUAAAGAAACACGAAAUCGGUUAUAGUUAUACUAUUUGAAGUUUUGCAUGGAUGGCAACCUUCCGUGAUAUUUAGGGCGAGGGCUGAUUUUGUGGAGCAUAUGGGCCUUGUCCGCUGGACUGGAUUUCCCGCAGAAGAACGCGAAGGAAAACGCACCAAGCGUGGUGUCCUUGGGCAACAAUUUGGCCCUCAACCAGCAGACCGCGCAGGCGAAGAGAAGUACUGCAGUUUCGGCAGAUCAUCCCAGCGGUCGUGCAUCGUCUCCCGACAGCACCGAAGCAAAAGAUACUUCAUCUGCGCCGGCCGAGGCCGUCGAAGAACGCACUGCUGGGGAACAAGAAAGCGACCACCGGUACUAUGCGGAUUCUAGCGUGAAGCAGCAUCUGCUCAGCACCGUCGUUGACGACGUGGUGCGAGCGAACCCCCGGCGCAUUACGAAAGAGUAUGCAGUGAUCCAGCAGGAGGGCGAGGCAGCUUCGGAUGGAGUUCUCUCCGUGGAUUUCGCGCACGCCGCAUACUUAACCGACCGCCAGUACCUGGCGCUGGCCCUCCAGAGAGCGGAGGACGUGCAGGUCUUUCUCGCCCGCGUUGAGACCUACGCCGCACUGUUUCAGCAGGUGCUGCACGACAAAAUUCAUCACUUCCAGCGUCUAGCGUCGUACUGCGAGUCGCAGGUGAGGAGCAUCGGCAGGUGCACCGGAAGGAGCAGCAUAUGGGCCGCCUGGAGUAACAAGUCGAAUAUACGAUGGAUUCCAAAUCCUCACUCCAAGAAAUCCGAAAAGGAACAAUAUGGCGGUAAAUCUUGCGUGUUGCUUCUUUUACAUCGGGACGUGUGCCAUCCGUAGUUGUUUUUUAUCAUCAUUUUUUGUGGUGCUCGGCUUACAUAUUCUGCGUGUCGAAAAAGAAAAACCAAUCUUCAGCAUAUUUCCUUGGUAGCUUCGCUGGAGCGGGCGUCGACCAUGUCCUGCGACGUCUCGCGAAGAGCGGGUUUUUUCCCGAACUGGCGUUCAGCGUGACGAAUAUGGGCGGGCACGCAGUCGCCGAGGGGAAAGCGGAAUGUGUCCGGUCUGGGCCCCUCGAAGAACGGCGGAGUUCGCAGUUCAAGAAGAACCUUCCCUCGCGCAUCCUGUGGAGAGCACGACAGGGCGAAGAAACCAAACGCUGGUCCCUGUCGCUGUCCGUAGAGGACACGCUCCACUGCGCGCUCAGCCAGAAGGCAGCGGCCGAGCUCCGAGAGUUCCAGGUGCAGUCCGGAAAGAUAUCAAAUGCAAAAAUGUUUGGGUCUGGAAGAUUGCGAGACUUGUCGUGCUUGUCUGGGAUGACCAAAAAGUUUGUGAUGCGUGUCCAAGAAGAGACCCUUGUCUCUGUCAUGCAAAAACGCAGUUUGUGAUGCGAAAAACGCAACACAGCGAAGCGCAUGCUUGGCUGGGCAUUACAGAGCAUUCACUAUUCCCAACGCAGCAUUACAAGUCUCCAGAACCAGACAUUUUUGCAUCUGAUAAAAGAAGAUUCUGCACCACUGCGGCCUCAGCAAGGAGCUGAUUGAGGGCAAGUGGUUUCGCUUUGCUGACCAUUUCACUAAUCCCCUGUCACUUCCAGCUUCUGACCAAGGAACUUGGGCUCCACCCGCGGGCGCCCGGAUCUCGUCCAGGGAUCUGAUCAUGGAGGAUGAAACGUUGAAACCGCCAGCGGCGUUCGCCGAGCCGGUCCUGUGGACGGCGCAGAACGGAGACACCCAGGAACAAUGGCACAACGCUUUCAACUUUGCCGGUACCAUGUCACCCCUGCACGUCUUCCGAAGAACGCACCGCAUUGCUCGCGUCGCGAGCCGGUUCGCCCCCGACGCGCAGAAAAACGACUGCUUUUCGCGGCUGAGAACGCCUGAAGAGUUCUCGUUUGCCUUCGUCACCAGCUUCUCGCAAGACUUGACGUCGCUGCGGGCGGGGUUGGGCCCCUACAGCGGCAUCACUGACAUCGGCCUGACCAACCACUCGGCGGUCGGCAAAGACAGAGUUAGCAUGAAGCGCAGAGGGUGCCCGUUGGACCUUUUUCUGUUCGCGGACAGCCUAGACCACAGAAAGUGGUCCGGGACCAGUGAUGAAGAAAACCGCAAGAUACAGCUUCGCACGACCGUCAACUAUGCAUUGCAAAAGCAUUGCGCUAGUACAAAUCGCCUGAGAUGAAAUUAUUAAUAAUUGAAUUUGUCAUGCAGAUUCAGAUAAGGAAGUGUAGUUGGUUCGUCAUGCAAGACUUUUCCGAUUUCUACGAGCACGAGAGCUUUGCACAGGAUAUCGCAUACGAUAUCACGAAAGUACAACCCGCGGAUCCGCUGCAGGACAGAUGGGGUGUCAUUCUGCACAUCGAGCGGCACGGCCCACCUGACCAGGACCAAGACGCGCCGAACGUGUUGCAGGAGCAGGCGACUACUCGGUACUACCUCGAAACGGAAGCGGAGGUGGAUGAGUUUCUGGUAGAGUUGAAUGCAAUAUGCAAGAUCGGAGCGGAGGCUAGGGCGCAGGCGGUGAAGGAUAUUAUCGCGCUUGGCACAGAGGCGAUGACAGUGCCAUACGAGCAUGCGUUCACGCUAUCUUCGGAUAGAGGCCCGUACGUCCCGUUUGGAUUGACGCAUUUUCGGAUCGAGGAGCUGGACAACAUUGGCGAGGAGAACUCGGCUGCCAGCGAAGAUGAUCGCGUGGGGAACGAAGCUGCAGAUGGUCUUGUCGAGGAGGAGUGCAAUAGCCAGCAAAAUGAACCGCAGGACGAGGAAGGCAACAGCUCCGACCGGGGGACCGAUGACCACAACUCUGCCGACAACAUGAUUGGCCUCGAGAAACUCGGAUUCCCAACUUGGCUGGAGCUCAUGAAGCUCACGUUUUCCCACCGAUUCCAGCAGAGCCGCAGCGCCGAACCAGUUCCAGCCCGAGCUCCGAUUCAAAUUUCCUGCAGCUUCGCUGUCCGGGGGUGGUCGGCGUCGUAACUGCCCCUUCUCCACGUGGCGAAGGGGAUUGUCGCAUCCUGCUGCGAAAGUGCUCGGAAGUGUUUCUUUCGUGGAAGUGUAAAAUGAUUGUUAAACGAAAACAGAGGGGAGAACGAAGUCUGAGUUUCGAAACAGCAGACACAAAAGCAAUCGCUCUCUGCCACUUUCAUGACUUCUAAAUUCCUUUUAUUGGGCGGGAUGAUCGAUGUUGGACGGCAAGACUAAAAAAAGCUCCAAAGAACAAAAAAAUCGCCAGUAUCUUGCUUCGAAACUACUCAAAAGUAUAUUUUUGUUUCGUGUAAGUGCAAUCAAAAUGAU